GGACUCCAAGGAACAGGGACCAAACGGUGACCGCCAUGGCUUGGCCACCACCUUCAAGGUCUCGUCUUCUUCCGUUGGCCCUGCUUCUGUUCAUUUCUCUGCCUCAGUACUCAUCUGCCGCUCCCAGCUCGGCCGUCGACCCUGCUUCCCGGAACGAAUACGACCGCGUCGAUGGAUCGUUGGCGGUCAUCGGCAUUGCGAUGAACGCGACGAUCGGCAAGGUCCAUACCGCCAUCAACUCCAUGUACGGGUUCAUGCCAUUGUCAGUCGACCAGAGAGAGCAAAAUGCAGUGCGGGAUUGCAUCGAGCUUCUUGACCUCUCCGCUCAAGAGCUCACCUGGUCCUUGUCCAAGCUGAAUGAACUGCACUCCAGUUCUUCAUCUUCAGACGUGGUUUCAUGGCUGAGUGCUGCAUUCGGCAACCAAGACACAUGUCUAGAAGGAUUCGCAGGCACCCGCAGCCAAGUAGGGGACUACAUCAAGGUGCACCUGGAUCAAAUUACGCAGGUAGUGGGCAGCAUGCUGGCCAUGGUGCGUAACGUACACACUCUACCCAUAGAGCCGGAGACCCCCGUUGAUAUCCCCGGCGACGGCAUCGCCGAUGCAGACGGCUUUCCGGACUGGUUUCAGGACGACGACAGGCAGAUCCUGCACCGGCAUCCCAGGCGAUUGCGUUUCGAUGCCGUGGUUGCCAUGGACGACAGUGGGAAUCACAGCUCUAUCAUGGAGGCCAUAAAUGCUGCUCCCGACCAUAGCGCGAGGAAAUAUGUGAUUCAUGUGAAGCGUGGGGUGUACAGAGAGUACGUCCAGAUAAAGAAGAAGAAGACCAACAUUGUCUUGAUUGGUGAGGGGGUUGGCGUCACCGUCAUCUCAGGUGAUCGAAGCUUCGCUCAGGGAUUCACCACGUUCCGCACUGCAACCUUUGCUGUCUCGGGAUUGGGUUUCAUAGCCCGAGACAUAACGUUUCGGAACACAGCAGGGCCCCAGAAUGGUCAGGCCGUGGCUCUGCGGGUCGACUCGGACAGAUCGGCCUUUUUCAGGUGCAGCAUAGAGGGGUACCAGGACACUCUCUAUUCCCACUCCCUCCGUCAAUUCUACCGCGAUUGCAGCAUCUACGGCACUGUGGACUUCAUCUUCGGCAACGGCGCGGCAGUCUUUCAGAACUGCAACAUCUAUGCUCGAAAGCCGCUUCCCAACCAGAAAAUCUCCAUCACGGCGCAGGGGCGGAAGGAUGCGAACCAGAACACCGGCUUCGUCAUCCAGAAGUCCGGUCUCUUUCCGACCUCAGACCUGGCCCGGGUCUCCUCGGCCUACCCGGCUUACCUGGGUCGCCCUUGGAAACCCUAUGCCCGGACCGUCUUCAUGCAGACCUACAUGGGGAACCACAUCCGCCCCGAAGGUUGGCUUGAGUGGCUUGGGCAUCCUUACGAUAGCUCCGUCUACUAUGCAGAGUAUGAGAACAGUGGUCCAGGUUCAAACCUUCGCGGACGAGUUAAGUGGCCUGGUUUUCACGCGAUUGGGUCAGAGGUGCAGGCUAGAGCUUUCACCGUCGGCACCUUCCUUGAUGGAAGAUCGUGGCUACCGCACACCGGCGUGCCGUUCACGGCUGGAUUUAACAAAUAACUAAUAUAUCAUUAUCAUCGAUAAAGCUUGUUUAGCUGUAUGCACAAUAUUUGUGAUCGUUGUCGCUCCUUUUGGAUUUGUACUGUCCGUUCAAGUAGUUGGCUUAUUUUAAUGCAAGAGAAAACACCCUAUCUGUAUUUGGAUCA